AUGUUUUUUCUCUACAAUCUUGAGCGUCAGGUCACCCUGCACCCAUCGUACUUUGGUCGCAAUAUGCAUGAGUUGGUGACUGGCAAGCUAUUGAAAGAUGUUGAAGGAACAUGUACCGGUCUCUACUACAUCAUCACAAUUAUGGAUACCUUCAACAUUUCUGAAGGAAGAAUCCUUCCAGGAAGUGGAUUGGCUGAGUUCACUGUUGGAUAUCGUGCUGUAGUGUGGAGACCCUUCAAGGGCGAGGCUGUCGAUGCUAUUGUAACCUCAGUCAAUGCGGUUGGUUUUUUUGCGGAUGCUGGUCCUUUGCCCCUCUUUGUAUCUGCACAUCUGAUUCCUCGUGACAUCAAAUUCGAUGCAAAUGCAACACCACCUCAAUUUACAAACAAUGAAGACUCCGUCAUUGAGCCAGGUACUCAUGUCCGAGUAAAGAUUAUCGGUACAAGACCUGAAGUUGGAGCCAUGUUUGCUAUUGGUAGUAUCAAAGAGGAUUAUCUCGGCUGUUUGCAAGCAUCGUGA